CUCUUCAACACUGCAACAUUUAGAAUGUGGUUCCCAAACGCUGUAGCCCUGCUUUCUGCAGCUGUCGCAGUCUCGAGUACCCCGGUGACUGAAUCUGGAGCACAUGCUCUGGAAAAGAGGUCGGGGCCUCAAUUCGCACAAGGAGAACCGAUCGACGGCUCCGGCAAAGGAGGACCAAUUCUUGGUGGAACAAACCAUCAGCUCGACAUCCAGAACCCCGACAAUCUUGGUGCUCACACGACUGACAAUGGUCUGCUUCCGAAUCUGAAAUGGAGCUUCAGUGAAUCCAAGACGAGAAUCUUUAACGGUGGUUGGACUAGGGAACAGAUCAUUUCUGAUUUGCCUGCAAGCACUGAUAUUGCUGGAGCUCAGCAACAUCUGGAGAAAGGUGCUAGUCGUGAGCUCCAUUGGCAUCGAGUGGCGGAAUGGGGUUAUCUGUACAGCGGCUCUGUCUUAUUGUCUGCUGUUGAUGAAAAUGGCGAUUAUCAAGUGGACAAACUCGAAGUGGGCGAUAUUUGGUAUUUUCCAAAAGGAUCCGCCCACACCGUUCAAGGUCUUGAUGACGAUAACGAGUAUCUGUUGGUAUUCGACGACGGCAAUUUCGAAGCAUCCGGGACAACAUUCAUGGUUGAUGAUUGGAUUGCGCACACUCCAAAAUCCAUCCUGGCGCAAAACUUUGGCGUCAACGAAUCUAUCUUUUCCACUAUCCCGACUCCAGACCCGUACAUCCUCAAUGGCACCGUCAGCAACGUCAACACCACUGGGCCUGGUAGUGGCUUGUACGGAAACUCUUCCUAUGUCUUUCACCACUCUCAGAAAGAAGUCGUCUCUGUUCCAGGAGGUGGUGGAAACCUCUCGAUUGUCGAUUCGAGAAAUUUCCCUAUCGCGACAACGAUUGCGGCAGCGAUUGUAUCUUUGGAACCCGGUGGAUUGAGAGAGUUGCACUGGCAUCCGAACGCUCAAGAGUGGCUUUACUUCCACCAAGGUCAAGCGCAAGCCACGGUCUUCAUUGGCGGUGCCAACGCUCGCACUUUUGACUUUACUGCAGGCGAUACAGCUGUAUUCCCGGACAAUAGUGGACACUAUAUCAAGAACAUCGGGACGGAAAAUCUGGUCUGGAUCGAGAUAUAUCGCUCGGAUCGGGUUGCCGACAUCAGCUUGACUCAAUGGUUGGCUCUGACUCCGGCAAACAUCGUGGCCAACACGCUCAAGAUUCCCCUCAACGUUGUGCAGCAGUUGAAGAAGCAGAAGCAGCUUCUAAUCAAGGGUAAUUGAAGGACACUUGUUGAAAUCUAAAAUGGAGAUAUGUUCUUGUCCA